GCAUUUCCGCCCGGGCCGGGCGGGCAGAGGCGGCUCCGGAGCGGGAGGCAGCGUCGGCCGCGGGCAGGCUCUGCGCUGGCCCAGGCCAUGCCCUAGGGCGGCAGAGGCAGCGCGGCGAGGGAGAAGCCGUGCCCCGGAGGUGCUGACAUCCCAAAUUGCUGCUCCUGGGCGCCCAUGGGAGGCAGCUGAAGCCAGGCUGAGCAGGAGCAGCAGCACUUGGUCCAGGACUUGGCCCGCUCAGAGUCUGCUGCUGCUCUGCUCCACUCUCAGCUCCUGAGCUGUCCCUGGCACCUCCCAGGGCACUGCCAAGGCAUGGAGGGGCUGUGGGCGCACGGUGUCCUGCUGAUCUGCCUGCUGCCCUGCCCUGUGGGGAGCCAGACCAGCUCCAUCCCUGACCAGCGAUGGUGGACAGACCCCAAUGAGGCCCCAUCCCAGCAGCAUGCUGCCAGGGCCUCGCAGGAGCAGAAGGCUGAUGGUGCCCAGCCUGCACAGCCCCGCUGUGUCCGCUGCUGCCCCCCACCCGAAAAGCGCUUCUACCCCCAGUACCAGCCCGUGCCUCAGAUCAACAUGACCAUCCUGAAAGGAGAGAAGGGGGACCGCGGCGAGCGUGGCAUGCAGGGCAAGUUCGGCAAGACGGGGGUGGCCGGCAGCAGGGGCCACGCCGGGCCCAAGGGACAGAAGGGCAGCAUGGGCGCCCCCGGGGAGCGCUGCAAGAGCCACUACGCCGCCUUCUCCGUGGGCCGCAAGAAACCCCUGCACAGCAACGACUACUACCAGACCCUCAUCUUCGACACCGAGUUUGUCAACCUCUACGAACACUUCAACAUGUUCACGGGCAAGUUCUACUGCUACAUCCCCGGGAUCUACUACUUCAGCCUCAACGUGCACACGUGGAACCAGAAGGAGACGUACCUGCACAUCAUGCGCAAUGGGGCGGAGGUGGUGAUCCUCUACGCCCAGGUGAGCGACCGCAGCAUCAUGCAGAGCCAGAGCGUCAUGCUGGAGCUGAAGGAGCAGGACGAGGUCUGGGUGCGGCUCUACAAGGGCGAGCGUGAGAACGCCGUCUUCAGCGACGAGUACGACACCUACAUCACCUUCAGCGGCCACCUCAUCAAGUACAGCGGGGACCCCUGAGCCCCCCACUCCUGCUGUGCCAGGCCAGGCGGCCAAGGGGCCCCUGUCCCUCUCAGCCCAGGAGUGCCACCCCCAUUAUGCUGUUAGUAACCUAGUGCCACUACGCCCAGCAGCUGCACCAGUGUGUGAAUGUGUGAAUGCCCUCACUCCAGCACCUCAAGGCUAACCAGACACACCUGGGAGAGUUGGAGCAAUUGUCAGCCCCUGCCAGGUUGGUGACCAGGGAGCAGCUGCUCACCUGGGGUGGGCAGGGAGCUGACCCCCUCUCCCUGCUCCAGAGCUGGGUGUGCCAGGCUCAGCCCGUGGCAGCGCUGGCUGAGCUGGCACAGUGGGACAGUGUGACUACUGGUGCCCUGGUGUGAGGCAGCACAGACACCUGCACUGUGCCACUCUCACCUCCUGGCACAGCCCUGCUCCCUGGCCAGAAGGUGCUUAGCAUCAUCAGAAAGGCAAUGAACCACUAAGGGCCCUCUCUCCCUCCUUCCCCGGUGCAGGUGUUGCACUGUGGGGAGUGAAUUGUGUUCGUAGUUUUGCAGUCCUCACAUUCUGUUGCUGCUCACCACAGCCUCUGCUCAGGAAGGGCUCUCUCCCCACCGGCAGCCCUGGGCGUGGGGCCUUGGCCUCACCACUUCCUCUUCCCCUGGGUUAUCUGCUGGCCAGGCCUCAUGUUUGUGUAGAUGCAGCAGUAGCGUGGGCCAGCAUGCUGAGCCCCCAUUCCGCUCGUGCCACAUUAAACACAUUUCCAGCCUUGCUCACA